UAUGAUCACAUCACACAUCUGUUUGUACCUGCUCACGUGCAACGGAACAGGAAGUAUUCGCCGGUGGUAACUAUCAGCACAAGAAUGCUCGUAUCGUUUACUUACGCCAGUUUGCUGGUUCGGGUUCGAGGUGCACUUGCUGCUGUAGACAUGGUAAAUUCUACACAAGUUUUGCCAACAGUGGAGCCAGUUAGCGCAUUAUGUGAAUUCGCGACGGAUGGUGAUUCCAUCUACACAUUUGGAGGCAUAGGGUGUGGCUUGAUGAUGCUGAUUAUGCUGUCGCAAAAUAGGGUCAGUCUCUGGCCGAGUGUUCUUGGUGGGAGACCAGGAUUAGUGAUACCAGUCAAUUUGUUGGAAGGCCGCUCUAAUCGAUUUUCCUACAUUGCUGCAUUCUGCGCAAUGGUUGGUGCUCUCAUCAAUUUGGUUUUUAAUGCUAUCGCUUUCACAGGAUCCGAACCUUGGACACAAACCCUACGAGCAAUUGCCUUGGUAUUUCUUAUCUCAAUUUCAUAUGCUGUUAUUGUAACUGGGAUUGAUGCACCUGUCAAACUUGUUGGCUAUACCAUUGGUUUGGUCUAUAGCAUUGUGAUCAUUUCGGUAAAUUCUGCCAUUGUAGUACAGUGCAAUAAUGGAAUAUUUGGAAUUGCACCAACUGUGCUUUCUCAACUUCCUUCCUUAUUCUUAUUGUAUCUUAUCUGUUGGUAUGCAUAUAAGUUAGUGAAAGAGCUAUGUACAAUUACACAAAAAGGUUCUGGUUUACCUUUGGAUCAACACAGAGUUCCUAUUGAAUGGAAGUAUGUGAAACAAAGAAUGUGCAGGAAGCUAGAUGACACUUCUGGCUUGCCCUCUACAUGGUAUGCUCGAUUUAUCAAUGGCAUCAGAUAUCACUGGGAUCCGACAUUUAGGUACUCUACUAGGAUGCUAGUAACUACAUCGAUUGCAGCAGUGGCAUUGUGGGAGUUGGCUGUGGCUUCAUUUGCUACUGGUAUACACCUCCAUGGCUCCAUACAUGAUCUAGCAGACAGCCUGAAAAGUGCUACAAGCAAUGCAGGCCCUAACAAUUCUGUAAAGGUGUAUUAUGAUAAUUUGGUUGACUUCAUUGCUGACAGCAUUCCCGAUAGUUACCUUACUGCAGUUACAUUGACCACUUUAAUUACAGCUGCCCAUUUGCUUCAUAUUCUAGCUUGCUACAGAAAACAUAUGAAGCGUUUGUAUCGUGGAGACAGGUCGUUUCUACCUCGAGCACAGCCCCAGCCAGUGGGACUAAUGACUGCAUCAAUGAGGUAUUCUGGGUAUCAGAUUGGCUACAUGCUGUGGGGAUUUGUCCUACAGUCUUUUGUCUUCUUUCUUGUAUUCCUGGUAAUAGAAUUUUUGUUUUUCUUUGACAUUGUGUCAUUUGGUGAUCUCGUACUUCAAUUUUUACCCACUAUUGUAUUUACCAUCUUGUUGUUUAUUGCUCAAUUCCUUCUGGCCAAGUAUGUGCUUCUGACAGAUUAUGGAAAAUAUGUAAACAUUUCCAACAGGCGUUUGUUCCAUUCUAUCUCAUUCUUCUCUUUUUUCUACAAUGCUCUUAUUGGCUUGUUCUCUUGCCUGAGACGCAUUCUAACAGGACUUGUGUUAGGUCUUCUACUUAUUGACCGCCUUGAUCGUUGCACUCUACCUAAUGGUUGGGAAGGCUUUGAUCCAGGAUACAGGAGUUAUGUUGGCUACCUUCUUUUGGAGCACUCAUACUCCAACCCAUACCUUGUCACGUUUUUGUACUUACUUCGAAGAAAAGAUUGUUCUCGGGCUACUGUAGAUGAAGUUGAACUUUAUGGUGUGCACUCAAACACAAGCCAAUUUUUGAGCUACCGAUCAAGGAUUACUCGUAACAGAUGGUUGGUUGCAUACACUUUGAUUAACAACCCAAGUCUAUUAAAAUAUCGAGAUCAUAGAGUAGACAAACUGGAACAUGCCAUGUUGCUAACCAGAAGCUUCAGCUUGAGUCAUGAUGCAACCCAGUCUAGAUCCACUGAAAAAUUGGUUACGACAGCAGAAGAUGAACUUGCCUAGUACAACUAUGAAUUCUGACAAUCUUUAGUAGAUGUAACUAAGUAAGUUUCCCAUUGCAGUUUUUGCAUUUAAUUUUUGAACUCUAAGCCAACAUUAAGGAAAGGUGAUUUGCUAAUGGUUUACUUUGAAUUUAGCAAGCAUGCUCAGGAGAUCAGGCUUAAUGUUUUAGAGGUAAACAGUUUGGCAACAGUAAAGAGAUAUUUGUAAUUACAGGUGGUUCUGAACAAAUUA